AUGGUGCGGGGGUCCUUGAUAGCCCUCGCUGCGCUGUCUGGUACAGCUGCGGGAAUGGGUCAUGGCAUGACCAAGUUCAAACGGGAAAUCAAGCUUUCUGCUGAGUUGGGGAUUCAUCCGGAUAUUCUGCUUGCACAGCGGACCUCUGUGGCUGCUGUUGCUGAAUCUUCUCUUAAUACGAAAGUUGACGCGGAAUAUAUUUCGCUUCCCAUCGACCAUGGAAACCAUUCCGUGGGAUUCUACCAGAACCGGUACUGGGCCUCGACGGAGCAUUACAAAGAAGGAGGACCGGUCUUCAUUUACGACGUCGGGGAGGCAACAGCCGAAACCUCAGCCCAAACCCACCUGGGUAAUUCGUCUUCCUUCUUCUAUCAGAUGCUUGAAGAGUUCGGUGGCGUGGGUAUUGUCUGGGAGCACAGAUACUAUGGUGAUUCACUGCCAUACCCCAUCAACAAUAAUACUCCACCGGAGCAUUUCCAGUACCUGAACAACCGCCAGGCAUUGGCGGAUAUUCCGUACUUCGCGCAAAAUUUCACUCGCGAUAGCCUCAAGGAGAUUGACUUGACCUCUUACGCACAGCCUUGGGUCAUGGUUGGGGGAUCUUAUGCCGGCAUGCGCUCUGCCUUUACUCGCAAUGAGUAUCCCGACAGCAUUUUCGCCUCUUUCGCCUCAUCCGCACCAGUUCAGGCAAAAAUCGACAUGAGCGUUUAUUUCGACCAGGUGUAUGCUGGACUCGUUGCGUACGGAUACUCCAACUGUACCAAAGACAUCAAAGCGGCCUUGGAAUACAUCGAUGAGCAGCUGUCCAGGAAUCAGACUAGUGCGGCUGCCAUCAAGAAACAGUUCUUCGGCGAGGGCGCCGAGAAAAACAGCCAUGGUGAUUUCACUGCGGCGCUCACUGGCAUCUUUAACUAUUUCCAGUCGUAUGGACUGGGCGGUGGCGUUGCGGGCCUGUCGUCGUUCUGCGAGCACAUGGAGAGCGACGGGGUGACCGGUCGUCCGGCGCCACCUACUGGAUUCGCCCGCUUCCGCGGUAAAGAGUAUGCCGCCAAGCGGUGGGCUUCAUGGCCAGUUUUCACCGAGCUGGUCAACUUUAACUUCGAAACCAACUGCAAGCAGCUCGACCCGAGCAAGGAACUUUCGUGUAUCUUGUCCGCUCCGGCAGUCGACCCGGACACCAUCAGUUGGACAUGGCAGUACUGCGACGAAUGGGGAUACUUCCAGACGAUCAACAAGGGACCUCACGCGCUCCUCUCCAAGUAUCAGUCCCUCGAUUACGCACAGUUUGUGUGCAACCGACAAUUCCCGGAAGCCUCGAAGACCGGCCUGCUGCCUAAACACCCCCGAACUAAGGAGACUAACAGGGAGACCGGCGGGUGGACAAUCCGCCCGUCCAAUGUGUACUGGAGUGGUGGACAGUUCGAUCCCUGGCGCACACUCUCUCCCCUUGCAACAGGAGACCUCGCCCCGCAGAACGUGGUCUUCACGACCGACAUCCCAGCGUGCAAUGUGGAGACCGAGGAAGACUCACUAUUCGGAUACAUCAUGGACAAUGCCGAGCACUGUUUCGACUUCCGUACUUCAUUUGAGCCGGGCAAGGUGUCCCGAGACCACUUUCACAAGGCGUUGAAAGAGUGGCUGCCAUGCUUCAAACCCACGGAGCAUUAA